UAAUAUUUCUAAAGCUUACGAAGUUUGUUUUAGUUAUAUUCGAAUAGUUCUGUCAUCUGUCAAGUUAUUUAUAGAAAGAGUUACGUGAAAUUCCUUUAACUUUCCAGUGACUGGCACAAAAGGCCAUACAACUUUACUUUUCUAAAACUCUUUAUAAAAGGAAGCAUCAUGUCGAGCCGCAAAGCUAAAGGAAGAGGCACCACCAAGAAACGUGCCCAGAGAGCGACUUCUAAUGUCUUUGCUAUGUUUGAUCAAGCACAGAUUCAAGAAUUUAAAGAAGCUUUCAAUAUGAUUGAUCAAAAUAGGGAUGGAUUCAUUGAUAAAGAAGAUUUACAUGACAUGUUGGCUUCUUUAGGAAAAAAUCCAGAUGAUCCAUAUUUAGAUGGGAUGAUGAACGAAGCACCAGGACCUAUUAAUUUUACUAUGUUUCUUACUUUAUUUGGAGAACGUCUGCAGGGUACAGAUCCUGAAGAUGUUAUUAAAAAUGCAUUUGCUUGUUUUGACGAAGAAAAUACUGGGUAUUUACAUGAAGAAAGAUUGAGAGAAUUAUUGACUACUAUGGGUGAUCGCUUUACUGAUGAAGAUGUUGAUGAAAUGUACAGAGAAGCUCCCAUAGAUAAAAAUGGCAUGUUCGACUACAUGGAAUUCACACGUAUUCUAAAACAUGGUGCCAAAGAUAAAGACGACCAAUAGUACACAAGGACUAAAUACUUUUGCAUUAUAUUAUAUAUAUAUCGCAGAAUACAUUAUUUAAUAGUUUAUUUGCUUUAAAUCACGUAGAGCUACACCAUGUUAAAAUGGGGAAUCAUUUGUUUAUUUAAGAACAUUAUAUAGUUAAUUUCUAAAUUAUAUUUUCUUAUCAUUUUUUUUUUCUCUUCUUCGUCUACAAAAAUUUUUCCCUCGAUUCCCCAUUUUUAAUUUGUAGCAUCUUAAUUUGAUAACUAAAUACACUUUUUUAUAUAAAAUUCCAAUCCAGUUUGUAUAUUAUAAAAGAAUAUAUGCUAUUGUUUUUUUCUUAACCAUGCAGUAAAUUUUCUAUAAAAUUUUUAUGUACUUAAUAAACACUUUGUUUAAAUAAAAGUCCAUUUUAGAACUUUGCA